UAAUAAACUGCCAUUUGAAUGAAUUCAUCGUCUCAUCAUCUCCUUGCACCGAAUCGGCGGUAAACAACCCGCCAGAAGUUAACCGGAAACUGGUGGUCCGACUCCUGGUUAGCCAUUUACACUCGAAAGUCCGAAACUUGUAACAGAAUCAGAGGGCAAAAGAAAAAGUGGAAGGCAACUGAUAUGGAAAUAGCGGUGCAAUCGGUUGCUCUUCCUUCUUCAACUCCAACUAUUACUGCACCCAUUUCGUCGCUCUUCCCCACAUCCAUUCGCAGCCGCCAUGGAUCUAGUUCUCGGAUUCAGACGCGCGUCUCUUCAAGCUCGCUCAAGCUACCAAGGAGCAGACAUUUCUGGUUUGAGAAUUCUAGGUCUCGUUUUCGCGGGAUGGGCAACGGAGCUUCUGCUGUUGUAUCUGAAGAAAGCGCGGUCGGAUCGAGUUCCCCUGGCGCCCAUGCAUUCAAGCUCACUUAUUUGGAGGGCAACAGUUGGUUGUGGGAGGUGGAGGGUGUGAAGAUUUUGGUUGACCCGAUUCUGGUGGGGAACUUGGAUUUUGGAAUUCCAUGGCUCUACGAUGCUGCUAAGAAGUUCAUCAGUGGUUUCCAGCUCAGUGAUCUUCCUCAAGUGGACUGCUUACUGAUUACGCAAAGCCUUGACGACCAUUGUCAUUUGAAGACGUUAAACCCGCUUUCUAAAAUGUAUCCAAACCUGAGAGUAAUAGCGACCCCGAAUGCCAAGCCGCUGCUGGAUCCUCUUUUCACCAAUGUAACUUACUUGGAACCAGGUCAGCUCUCUGAACUGGAAGCUAAGAACGGCUCUAAAGUAACUGUCAAAGCUACACCUGGACCAGUGCUGGGACCUCCUUGGCAGCGACCAGAGAAUGGAUACCUUGUUAUAUCCCCACAAGGACAAUCCACUCUUUACUAUGAACCACAUUGUGUAUACAACCAGGACUUAAUCGGGAAAGAAAAUGCGGAUAUCGUGAUCACACCUGUCAUAAAGCAGCUCCUGCCCAAAUUUACUCUAGUUUCAGGACAAGAAGAUGCAGUUCGACUAGCAAAGUUGCUGCAUGCAAAGUUCAUUGUGCCAAUGAGAAAUGGAGAUCUGGAUGCGAAAGGGUUACUUGCAAGUAUCAUUCAGUCAGAAGGGACAAUUGAAUCAUUCAAGGAACUUCUGUCCAAAGAGUUGCCAGAUGCUCGCGUCCUGGAGCCUACACCUGGUGUGCCACUUGAAGUCUCAGCAGCAGCAUCUUGAGAAAUGGAAGUUUCCCAAAUGAGAAACAGUUUCAGGAUACAAUAUUAGUCGUAAAUUCCAGUUAUCUCAAAAGGGAUUGUCAGGAGCAUCCCAACUGGAGAUUCCUUUCUGUGCAUGGGAUCUGAAGUAGGAACCAUCAGCAAGACAGACAUGAGACGUUUUUGUCUCAAUUCUUCUUGUAUUCUGCGAUUAGGCUACAGAUGAUGAAUCAUUGUCUUGUCCUUCUAGUUAGUUACGACGUUUUUGUAUGUAUUGUGCAGCCGAUUGAGAACUGAAUACAGACAUGCAUACAGUUGUAUAAAAGUGUAUGCUUAUACACACAAUGACACCGUAGCCACAUUUGUUCUUAUCACUGCCAGACAACUCCGUCUCCAUCAUUAUUUAUGUAUACCGUAUUCCCGAUAUGGUGGCAUUUGGGGAUAUUCUUGCAAAAACUGCCAUUGUUCCAGGCUUCCAGCAAGGUUCUAGGAUUCCCAUCUUAAGGUGUUACCGCUUCAAAGCUCA